AAAACUUUAAUAAAAGUUUAAUCAAUUUUGAAGAAGAUAAAAAACCUAAUGAUGGUGAGGAUGAAGACUCUUCUGAGAGUGAAUCAGAAGAAAAGGAAAUUAAAAAAGAGACUAAAAAAAAUAGAUUAUCUCGGUUUGAUUGCAUCGCUGCUUUAUUUGCCUCGGCCGAAUGUACUGUAGUUCAAGAUAUAUUUCGAACUAUAUCUCAAUUUUCUAUUGCAAUUCCUUUAUUGAUGCCUGAAUUAAAUGACUCAGAAAAGUACAAAGUAAUGUUUCCUUUACUUACGGGACCAGUCAUUAAAUGGGAAACAAGCAAUGGAACGAUUAUAGAAAAUUAUCUUUUCAAAGAUCCCUUUAAAAUGAUUGCUGCAGUCCGAAUUGGAACGAAUUCUAAAGUUCAUUGGCUAACUGAAGAGACUUGUGGUGAAUCCCUGUGGAGUGAAGUUUUUAAAGAUUAUUAUGAAAAAAGUGAACAUGAAGAAAAAAGUGAACAUGAUAAAAAAAAGGAACAUUAUAUAAAAAGGGAAAGAGAGAUCGUACUGCUAGCAAAUUUACAUGGUGAUGCAUUAGAUUUCCCUGAUCAAAUCGAAUUCUUAAAGCAAUUUUCUUCUUGUUUCCUAGUUUAUUUAAUGCCUGGACAGAACAAAGAUAAGUUUGAAAUUUUAGUUAACCCUAAGAAAGCGAUAUAUAUUUAUGUGGAUCCUAAAAAAAAAAAAGGUAUCGAAAAGAAGUACAUAGUUAAAACAAAAUAUUUGGAUGAUCACGAUACAAUAAAGAAAAUGUGCGAAAAUUUUAAUGAAGCGUUAGUAUUAGAUGAUCAGAUAAUUACAAUAGAUGCUGACGAAAUAAAAAUGGGAAAAACGCUUCAAUUUGCUGGAAAUACCGAGUUUGUUGAAUCUAGCUAUCUAGUAAAUUUUAUUAAGGAAAUAACUUGUCUCAACAUUAAACGAAAUGUUAUGCAGCUUCAAAAAAAACAAUUAGAAAAUGGAUUCAACCACAUAAAAUUUUGGCAACAAACAAGUGAGUUACGAAUGUUAAUUAUGCUAUUCGCCAAUAUUUUAUCCCUACAAUCUAUCAAUAAAAGAAGACAAGCUCUAGCACAUCUUGAAAGAGAAGUAUCCAGGCUUUCUAUGGAAGAGUCUUCUAAAUCUCGAAAUAAAGCUAUAUUGAAAAGAAAAGAAUUAAAUAAUGCAGGCAUUAAAGUUGAUAAAGAAAGGGAUAAAAGGAUUCGAAAAGAAAUUAAAGAACUUUGGGAAGAAGUUGACAACAAAAGUUUGGGCAUAGAACAUUUUUUCCGUGAAUUAGGACAUAUUUAUAAAAUGUUUAUUUCUGAUUCAGACGAUAAUCCAAAAAUUAUUUCUGCCAGCCCAUCUAAAGAAAAUAUUUUGAAAUUACCUGAAUAUUAUGCUGAACUACUAAUUAGCGGCAAUACGAUAGAAUUGCUUGAUGGUGAUUCUAUAACCAUAAAUGAAGCAUGGUUGUUAGCGAUUUGUAAUUGCAUUGAUAAACGAUUUCCGAAGCUUAGGAUUUUUGUAAUCAGUAUACUUGGAUUACAAUCUUCUGGAAAGUCCACCCUUCUAAAUGCACUUUUUGCAUGCAAAUUUGCUGUCUCAGUUGGGCGUUGUACAAGAGGACUCUUUAUGCGAUUAUUAUUUUUGGAUAAAGAUUUAUCUGAUCAACUUGAUGUUGAUGCUUUUAUCUUGAUUGACACGGAAGGACUUGGUGCACCUGAGAAAAUGGAUGAAAUAGAAUCAGAAAAGAAAGAUCGGAUGUUAGCAACUUUUGCAAUGGGAAUAAGCAAUUUAACGAUUCUUAACGUAUUAGGAGAAACAAUGAAUGAGUUGACUGAAAUAUUGCAGAUAGCAAUUGUGACAAUGGCACGUCUUGAAAAAGUUGGCAUGUCUCCUGAUAUAAUUAUGGUACAACAUGUUUCAGAAAGGAAUGCGUCGAAAUUAAGUGAGCCAGAGCAAAAAUUUCUGAAUGCACUUCAAAAAGCUUUGGAAAUAGUCAAAGAAAAAGACGGCGAUAUAGGGUCACAAAAUCUUGAAUGUCUUGGCAUUCUUGAUGCAAGAUUAAAAAAGGGACAACUCCUCAAACUAUUUUCUUCAUUUAAAGAUGGGGCAACCGUUUAUUCUCCCCAAUCGAAACAAUAUCAUAAGAACGUUAUUGAUUUGUAUAAUUCUGUAAUUGUUGAUUGCAAAAAUCAAAAAGAAAAAAAAAACUUUUCAGACUGGCACAAAUUAAUCAAAAGCUAUUGGGAUGCAAUAUCUCACGAGGAUUUUGCUCUAAGGUUCAAAAAUAUAAAGGAAAUUUAUGAAUUUAUUGACCUUGAUAAACAAAUCACAAUGCUGAAAGGAACUAUUGACAUAUCAUUUUCAGCACAUAAGGAAUUGAUAAAAACAAAAAUUCGAUCUGUUGCUCAAAAAAACUUUACAAAUGAAGAUAGUAAAGAUACAAAUAAUCUAAUCCGAGAAGAAUGUUACCGUUUGAUAGAAAAUGAGUUAAAUCAAUUUUCAAAGUUUAAAAAUCAGAAACAUUGCAAAAAAUGUAAGGAAGUAAUUGAGAAGAGAAUCGAAUUAGAUCAAUACCUUGAAAAGAAAAAGAAUAAGUGUAAAGAAGAGACUAAUCAAACGAUUGAUAAGUAUAUUGAUCAGUAUCGUGAUUUAAUACUCAUAGAGCUUAAACAAAUGAUUGAGGCUAUUUUAAUACGAAAUAAACUUUCAAAUGAACAUCAAAAAUUUAUUGACAAUCAACUUGAAAAUGUUUUAAAAAUGCGGAAGAAACUUUCCAAUCAAAAAGACCUUGAACAAGAAGCAAAUAAAAUAUGGGAAUCAUUAUAUCAAGAAAUAUCAAUAUCACUAAAUAAUAAAGACUCAACUAUUGAUGAAAAAAUAAAUAGUGAAGUACUUGAGAUAUAUAAACAUUAUGAUCAUUUUAAUUAUAAGAAAUUUUGGAGUAAUUAUUUUGAUAGAAUCAUUCCAGAUUUAUCUAAGAUAGGGGCAUAUAACCUUUUUGACCAGCUUAGAAAUUUAAAGUGGACACAUUAUCUUGAUCAAAAUAACAUAACGGUACUCAAAGAAAAAAUCAAUAGUAUGAUAAAUCAAACUUUAGACGGAGUAGAUCAUUUUUGUAAUGGAAUUGUGCGUAAUCUUAGAGGUGAAAUUGAUAAAAUGUUGAAUGAACUUUCAGAUUUGUGGAAAAUAGAAAUUAAGCUUAAAUUUAAAAUGAAUGUUCACGUAUAUGUAUUGUUGAAUUUUAUUAAGAGAAUGGUAAAAAUUCAGAACAUAUGGGAUAAGGACAAUACACCGCUUGGAGUACUUAAUCAAAAGAAAGAUGAAUAUUUAAAAAAGAUUAAUAUUCGUCUUCAAUACGGGCAUUCACAUAUAUCUGAAGGUCAUAUUGCGGGUGAUUUCUUGUUGAGAGCUAUUCAAAAAAAAGCGAUAAAUGCAGAAAAUUAUGAUCGAAUAAAUUCUUUACGCGGCAAAACUUGGAUAAACAGUUCCAAAACAGUUAGACUUAAAUAUUUUAUUGAACUUGCUGAACAUGUCCAUAACGGUAACCUAAAUCAAGGUGUUCAGCACUUUUUAAGACCACGUGAAAGUAUUGAAGAGUGGUUUAAAAAUAAAGUUAGUUUAGAUAAAAGAACAAAUCAAGGACAAAGUUAUAAAGAAACUUUUGAUACUGAAUUUGAUGAUGUCCGUCAGAAAAUUCAUAAUUGUAAAACUUAUGAAGAUGUCAAAAUGUUUGUAAACAAAUACAUGAUACAAGUUGACGGUAUUGAAUACCAAUUGAAUGUUAAAGACAAUUCAAUUACUGAAAAUUUUACAUUAUUCCGUGAUGCUAUAGAGAAAGAGCUUGAUGCAGAGAAAGAACUCAGUGCCAGAGGAAAUGGUCGUUAUCGAUUAAAAAAUGAAUUAUUAAAAAACCCAUCUGAUGAUAAUUUAAUUAUGAAAAAUAUCGGAUGCACAACGCCGUGCCCCUGGUGUGGAGCUUUGUGUUGGGGAGUAAGAGGUCAUGAUAAAGAUACUGGCAUUACAAAAAUUCAUCACACUAGCCAUCAGCCACCAGGCCUUAAUGGGGUCAGUUAUAGAGACUCAAAUACACUUACUGCGAAGGCCUGUCAUAACUAUUUAGAUGAAGACGAAGUAUAUCUUUGUAAUGUACGUAAAAAAUGGAAAGUUCUAAAAACUCAAGAUUACCCAGAUUGGAAAUUUGAACCCCACUGUAUGAAUGUUUUUAAUGAUAUUAUGCGUUGGUUUUUUCAAAUGCUUCAUGAGGACAUAGCAAAAGCUCGAGACCUUAAGGCAGCACAUGUAUCAGAAUUAAAAGAAAUG